UCCUCCCCAUUCCUCCCAGUCUACAGGCUCGUCAAGCCAGAGAAAUAAACAGAAUCGAGCGGUGAGAAGAGAAGACAUUCCUCCCUCCCCUCCCCCUCACUAUCUGUCCAUCUUCAUCCAGCCCUUUCUUUCAUGGAGAGGAAUUAUCACGCUGCAGGCUUCGGAGAUCUGGGGGCUGGGACGGGAUGGAGUUACGACAGAUCAGCCAAAGCAAGCCUCAUGUAUGGGAGCUCCAGGUCGUCCCAUCCGGACUCCGAACUGCUCCACCGGCAAGCCUAUGGCGCCUCUCACCCCCUCCAAGGCUAUGCAACCAACCACCACCCAGGAAGCACGAGACAGGGUGGAGCCUGGGGCGCAGCUGGACGCACCCUCGGCCUUUCAGGGUUGUUUGAUGCCAGCCUCCACCAUGCCAGCCCCUCCGGUCCUGACCCCUCAGUAAUGAACCUGAUUUCGGCUCUGGAGUCCCGGGGACCACAGCCCACACCCUCUGCAUCCUCCCUUCUUUCUCAGUUUCGUACUCCCUCUUGGCAGACUGCAAUGCAUACACCGGCCCCAGCGGAGCUCUUUAUUACAGGAGCGCUGCCUGGUGCCAGCUCCUUCCCCUCCUCCUCAGCCCUCUCUGCAUACCAGCAUCCUAGCUCCUUUUCUGGACGGUCUUUCACCCCAUCCCUGUCCCUGCAAGAUGCACCCACCUACAGCCCAACGUCCAAUGGCUUAAUAUCCCCCCAUGAUUCCUUGCUGCACAUCAAAACACCCUCCCAGUCCAGCCUCGGCUUUGAUCGCCUGCUGUCUUCCCAGAGCGCCACCUACCGAGGCUCUCAGGAGCCUUCAGCCCCUCCACAAUCCCAAGCCCCUUCCACAUCCUCCAGUUGCCACCUCCCCCCUCCUCAGUUUAACCUGUUGUCCUCACAGCUCCACAAUCAGUCCUCUCAACUAUAUAACGCCUCCAUGUUCUCUUCCACAUCAGCCCUGGCAUCUGCAGCACCCCCACAGCCUCCUCCAGAGAGGGCAGUUUCCCGGCAGGACAGUGUGAUCAAGCAUUACCAACGUUCGUCCCCAGCCCAGCCCACAGCCUUACAGCAAUAUUCCAGUUGUGGCGGCUCCUCCGGGUACCAGCAGAUCGUCAGCCACCAUCGGCAUGCUGGAAUGUCCUGCAGUCCUCUUGGGGAAGACAGCCCCUCAUCUGAUCCCAAACCCUCGCCGAGAAUGGAAACUCAGACAUAUCAGCCUAUUAUCCAGACUCCCUACACACCCUCAUCCUCCAGCUCAUCAGCUGCUUCCUCUUCAUCGGCCAGUAAGGGAGCCAAGAGUUCUAGCUCAACUAGUGGGUAUGGCUCUUCGGGCUCUGCAUCAUCCUCUUCCCGUACCCCACUUACACCACCAUCAGCCUCCUCCACCUCCUCUUCCUCAUCAUCCAGCUCAAAGACCAGCACCAGCUCCUUGUCUGCUCCCUCUCGCCAACAGCCACCACCGCAGUCUGCUCCACCAGGACCUCCUUUGCCAGUAGUGUCAUCAACACUUGUUCAGCAGCCAAUAGCCAAACAGUGCUUAUCCACCUACGGUUCCCAACCUGUUGCCAAAUCUACACCAGUCGUUCCAGACCAUACCCCUCCGCAACAGCACACCCAGUCCUACUCUCCCAAUCAGCCUCCAUCAGCGCACAUUUCUCAGCCAUAUGGUGGCUUCAGUUCGCCUCAUUCCCAGGAUUUGAGCUCCACAGCAGGAAGUACUGGGGUAAAAGCUUUUGCCGGUAUUGCUUCGGGAGGACGUUCUUUCUCUGCAGAUAUAGUCUUUGAGGACUCCAGUUUUGGCUCAGCUUCUCUUAGAAGAGCAAGCAGUCCUUCCUUAGGGUAUGGAGGUGGAUCAACAGGGAGUGCAGCCAUAUCAGGAGCCCCUGCACUCGGCAGUGGAGUUGGAUCUGUAGGAUCAGGUAGUGGGGCUGCAGGUAUCGGCAAUGGAGGUAGCAGUUCUUACCACCUGCCUGAGUCGAAUACAUCACCCUCAGUCAAUUCUGCUAUCAGUCGCCCUGGAUUGCAUUCUCCUGCUGCUGCUCGUCCGACACAAUCCCCUGGAGGGUCAGGGGCCACAAAAUAUUUGCCCCCCAUCCUAUCUCCUCCUUUUAUAUCCUCACCACAAGGUUUUCCCGAUGCACCACAAACUCAGAAUCAGUCCUUUCGUCUAACGCCACCCAAGCCAAAAACAGAGGCAAAUAUGCUUGGGGUUGAGCGAUCCCAGGAUGAGGAUGAGGAUGAAGAUGAUGACUUCCUCAUCCACCAUUUACUACAUGACCAGAGCUCGAAUCCACACGGUACCCAGCACCACUCACAUCCUCAGCCACUGCCCCAGUCACUCUCUCAAUCCAGGGACGGGGAAGGCAAGGGUGUGGCUUAUGACAUGAACAAAAUCUCAGAUGAGCGCUACCAUCUUCAAAGUGUCAUCCGUACCAGUAACACCACCAGCAGUUCUGGUCCUGGAGCAUCAGUGAGUGACACGUCCAAUGGCUUAAACAGACAGUUAGAGAUAACACAGAAGAAACAACAGAUCAAGUCUGAGUUGAUCAUAUCAAAGUCUCCAGCUUCAGGAGUGAGAGGCAUUACGGAUUCCCUUUCUCACUCCCAUACGACACACUCGCACCAACAACAACAUGAGUCCCUGGGUUCUGUGGUGCAUUAUGGACGAGGAGACCCUUACACACAGCAUGCACACUCUCAACAUUCCCAUCACAUCACACAUGUAUCCACACACUCUCAGCCACAUUCCCAGCACUCCAGGCACAUUCAACAUACACAGCACUCCCAGCACUCUCAGCAUAGUCAUCCCAAUUCACACUCGCACAACCACUCUCACAUGGAUCUGAAGAAACCUUCAGAUGCAAAUGACUAUUUGUGUAACACACCAGAUGUGCAGCAGGCUCGACAAAGUCAGGUUCCUCUCUCUAUGAUCAAUACUUCACCAGACCCUCCCCAGCAAACCCACAUGCUGCAAUCUGUCCUAUCUCAUACGACCCGCACCAAGAUGGACCCUCAGCAAGCCCCUUCACAGCAGCAGCAACAGCAACAGCAACAACAACAGCAACAGCAACAGCAACAGCAACAGCAGCAGCAACAACAGCAACAACAACAACAACAACAGCCACAUCCAUUGAGUCAGCAGGCCAUAAUGGGUUCAACGGGAGGAGCAGGGCCUGCUGGUGUGGAAUCUCACCCACAGAGCCAGUCCUCACAGUUGCAGCUCCAGCUCCAGACUCAGGGUAUGGAUUCCCACUACGGCCUUUCAAGUCAGCCAAGAGAUCAAAGCCGAGCCAGUCAGAACUCCAUGUCUCCUCUUGACAUGAUAGAUCAGUCUCUUUCUCGAACCAGCAGUCGAGACAAUGGAGGCACCAUGGACAUUCCUGGAGUUGGGGUGACAGGAGGGGAGGGAGGUGGUGGAGACAGGCAUAGACAGCAACACAGACUCACACCUCACCACCAUCCCCAACAAACAGCCUCAGACCUCCAUGAUUUCCUCACAGAACCAGAUUUAGGCUUAUCCACUCCCUCUCAUCUACACCACCUCAACCAGCCCCAAGCCCACCCCCACCCCCACGGGCUCCACCAACAACAAGCACACGGUCAUCAUCAGCUGUCACACAUUCACUUAGGUCAUCCACACUCCCACCGGAUGGCCGCAAGUAUGGGGACAUCCCAACAACAGCAGCAACCGCAGCCAAGAGAGCCUGAAAGGCAACUGUCGCAUUCCCAGUUGGAUCAGCUUAAACAGCACCAGUUUGACUCCGUGAGCCAGACAGACAAAGUUGGACAAAGUCAAGUCCAGCAGCGGUUUGCGCCACUAACCUCCAUCUGCUUUCCUGACUCUCUCUUGCACGAUGAGGACCGCUCGUUCUUUCCUGAAAUGGACGACAUGUUUUGUUCAGCUGACUACAAGACAAGCUGUUCUGCAGAUUCUGGGGCAGGACACACUGCUCAAGAGAGUCUCAGCCAGAGUCAUGGGACACAGGAGGGCAUGGAGGCCCUGAAGACAGGAGGUGCUGGAGAAGGCUACGAUAUGGUUGGUCAUCACACUGAUCAAGGAUAUGGGCAGUACUGCCACAGCCUUCCAGGAACAGGAAACGGAAAUCUCCACCUAAACCUCGACUCUUUGAAGACUCAUGAGCUUCCCUCCACUGUGAACACUGAUCAGCUUGGCCUCAUUCAGUCCCAAACCUCCACCAUGGGACUGAGUUCAGCGACUCAAGGGGACGGCUCAGUCAACAAGAUGAUGGCAGGUGUGGGAGUAGGUGGAAAUUCCAACGCUGCUGGACUGACCUCGCCUAUCUUCUGUUCGUCUCGUCCCAAAAAGCUGCUGAAGACCAGCUCCUUUCACUUGCUUAAACAGCGGCGUGAACCACAACCUCAGACGAAGAAAAACUAUGCGCAGGAAUAUGAGUUUGAGGACGAUGAGGACAAAGCCGAUGCUCCAGCUGACAUUCGCCUCAACAGUCGACGCCUUCCUGACUUGUUGCCUGAUUUGGUGUCCAGCUGUAGGAAGGCUGCUGGGGCGUCAGGGGUAGGUGGACUCAGUCCGCUGAUGGGUGACUUAGACUUUUGCCACCCUUCCAGCUACUCAUCACUCGGACACCCACCACAACUUAUUCCCCACGAAGGCCCCAAAAAACGAGGCAGAAAACCUACCAAACCAAAACGUGAAGGUCCUCCUCGCCCACGAGGCAGACCGCGAAUACGCCCUCUUCCAGAGCCUCCGUACUGCAGGGGGCUGAUGGGACCAGCGGCAGGAGAAAGUAGGAGGGGCCGUGGGCGUGGUCGAGGGCGAGGCAGGAGGGAAGAAGUCCUGGUGGAAACGCACCGAGACCUGAACAAAGCACAAAGCCUCCCGUAUCAUCCUCCUCAGCAGCACCGGCCCCAACACUUCAGCCAGCAGCCGCAUCUCCAGCAGCUCCCGCAGCAACAUCACAGCCAGCAGGCCGAACUCCACCAAGCGGCACAUCAGCAGCAGCAGCACCAUCAUCCACACCUUCAGCAGCAGCAGCAGGUGUCCUGCUCACACCACCAGAUGCAUCAUCAACAUCUUCACAGUCAGCCGCCGCAGCUCACAUCCCAGGAACCCCAGCAGGAACCCAUCAGACCGAUCAAGAUCAAGCUGCCCAUUCCCACCAUGCCGUCUUCAGAGUCCCUGCUGAGGACGGACUCUCUGUCCAGCAGCGAGCCUGUCCUGUCCGACGGGUCGGUGGGCUCGGCCCCUUCCCUGGGCCUGAGUCCUGGACCCAGCGCCCCCAUGGACAUCAGCAGGAACGACCUGACCCAGACGCAGGAGGACAUGAUGAAGCAUCAGCACAGAGCCGGAGAGAUGAUGGUGGAUGAAUGGAAGAAAGAAAUGGAGGAUCCACUGAACCCCGAAUCCUGGGCUGCUAUGCAGAAACUCGCCAAUUCGACUGAUGAGAAGACCUUCGACUUCAAACCCGGCUUCAUGGCUUCCUUUCUGGAUUUCCUGAAGACGGGCAAGAAGCAGCCAGACCUUGAAUCCGGACCCGACGGCGUGGAGGAGGAAGCCCUGAACCCCUGCUCCUCUCUGAAAGGGGGCAUCAGGCCUCUGUCCCCGCCUGCCCCUCCCCUGCCGUCCACGCCCCCCCAGCAGGACGAGGGGGCGGAGCUGGCCCUCAGCAGCUGCUCCAGUCCCUGCAAGCCUCUGGACGAGGAGCUGAAGAGGAACCUGGAGACGCUGCCCUCCUUCUCCUCUGACGAGGAGGACUCGGUCAGCAAGAACCAGGACCUGCAGAAGAGCAUCUCCUCCGCCAUCUCCGCCCUCUACGACACGCCGCAUUCGCUGGCCGCCGCCAUGGCCUCCGCCAUGGUCAAGGCCCAGCCCGCCCUCUCCCCCCCCACCCCACAGGAGCCGUCGCUCAGCCCCCCUCUGCCCGCCAUGCCUCCUCUCAUCCCCAGCAUGGAGGAGCGCAAAGAGGAGGCGCUCACCUUCACUGAGCAGGACGAGCAGGAGGAGAAACGAGAGCCGGCCUCCCCGCCGUCCAACACAGGAAAACCAGAGGAGGAGGAGGAGGAGGAGCCAGAGGGCCAGGUGGAGGAGGAGGAGGAGCCAGAGGAGCAGGUGGAGGAAGAGGAGGAGGAGGAGGAGGAGGAAAAAAUGCCUCAAAUACCGAAUGUUCAAGUUCCAGAAGCUGAAGAUUCUCCGUCAGGACCCGUGCUGGCUCCUGCGCCUCCGUCUCCGUCGCCGUCCAUCUCCCCCUCGCCUCCCACCUACUCCUCCCCCUCGCCCCUCCCUCCCUCCUCCCCCCCGCCCGUCCAGCAGGAGGGGGACGAGCCCAGUCCCGUGUGUCCUCCGGAGCAGCAGCAGUCCUCCUAUCAGAAGGCGCCCACGGCGGGCACCUCCCCCCCUCCCUCCACCUCUCCCCCCGCCAUCCCCUCCUCGCCCCUGGCCCAGUCCAUCCCCCCUCCGUCCACCACGCCGCCUCCUUCGUCCUCGGACCAGGACCAGGAGCCCGAAGCCGGACAGCCUUCCCCAUCCUCGCCGUCCUCGUCCUCGCCCUCGUCCUCGUCCUCCCAGCCGCCGUCGCCUCCGACCCCGGAGGAGGCGCCGGCGUCGCAGCGCCUGACCUCGCUCCACCUGGCCAAGAAGCAGGCGGACGCCGCCAUCGCCGGGGAGAGCGAGGAGGAGGACAGCGAGAGCGGAGGCGAGGGCAUCUUCCGGGAGCGGGACGAGUUCGUGGUCCGGACGGAGGACAUCGGGACGCUGAAGAUGGCGCUGCAGACGGGCCGCGAGCCGCCGCCCAUCUGGAGGGUGCAGAAGGCCCUGCUCCAGAAGUUCAGCCCCGAGAUCAAGGACGGCCAGAGGCAGUUCUGCGCCACCAGUAACUAUCUGGGUUACUUUGGCGAUGCCAAAAUGCGGUACCAGCGCUUAUACGUCAAGUUCCUGGAGAACGUCAACAAAAAGGACUACGUGAGGGUCUGCUCCAGAAAGCCCUGGCACAGAGCCGGCCUCACUCUCAGGCGUCAGUCUCUGGCCAAGCCUCUGCCGGCCCUGCACAGCCAGAGUCAGGACAAGGACAGGCAGAAAGAGAGGGAGCUGAAGGAGAGAGAGCAGACGGAGAGGGAGCAGAGGGAGCGAGAGAGGGCAGAGAGGGAGAAACGAGAGAAGGAGAAGGAAAUGGAGAGGGAGAGGGAGAGAGAGAGCGAGCAUGAGAAAAGGGAGAAGGAGCAGAAGGAGAAGGAGAGGAGAGAACGAGAGCUGAAAGAGAAGGAGAGACGGGAGCAGGAGAGAGAGGAGAGGGAGAGGAGGAGCAGGGAGCAAAGAGAGAAGGAGAAACAAGAGAGAGAGCGGAAAGAAAGAGAGAAACAGGAGAGAGAGUGGAAGGAAAGGGAGAGACAGAUGAGAGAAUGGAAAGAAAGGGAGAGACAGGAGAGGGAGCUGAAAGAGAAAGAACAAAAAGAGAGGGAGCAGAAAGAGAAAGAGCAAAAAGAGAGGGAGCAGAAAGAAAAGGAGCAGAGGGAGCAGAAAGAGAGGGAGCAGAGUGAAAGAGAGAGACAGGAGAGAGAGAGGAGAGAAAAGAGGGAAAAGGAGAAACAGGAGCGGGAGCAGCGAGAGAGGCAGAGGGAGAGGAAGGAGAAAGAGAGGGAGCAGAAGGAGAAGGAGAGAAGAGAGAGGGAGAAAGAGAAGCAGAGGGAGCAGGGGAGAAGAGAGGAUGCUGUGGAGAUCUCCAGGCUGAAGGAGGAGAAGAGAGGAGGAGAGAAGAGGACGGAGUGUCCGUCCAGGGGCAAAACCUCCAAGGACAAGACGGAGCCUCCCCCCAAGAAGAGGAAGAAGUGGCUGAAGGAGGUGCCCACCUCGUCCUCCUCCUCGUCCUCCUCGUCCUCGUCCUCCUCGCCGCCCAGUGACGAUGAAGGGCCAAUGCGAGCCGGACUCAACAGCCGGGCCAUGAGGGAGAUGUUCAGGAGCUACGUGGAGAUGCUGGUCAGCACGGCGCUCGACCCCGACAUGAUCCAGGCGCUGGAGGACACCGACGAUGAGCUGUAUCUGCCCCCCAUGAGGAAGAUCGACAGCCUGCUGAGUGAGCAGAAGAAGAGGCUGCUGCGGAGAGUCAGCAUGAGCGCUCAGCAUCAGGAGGCGUUGCACGUGUUCCCCAAAAUGACUGCAGAUCCUCUGGAAUGUGGAACCGUCAAAGUUCACUUUGCUGGAGAAAGCUACAACCGCAAAACCCUCAACCGGGUCAAGAGGAGUAUCCCCAAGCAGCAGGACAUGAAGCUUUCUAUUGAAACUUGCCGGAUAUACAGUCUGUAUCACUCUCUGCACCACUACAAGUACCACACGUUUCUGCACUGCAAGAAGGAGACGGACAACAUCGAGCAGGCGGCCGAGGACCCGGGGCAGGAGGAGGUGGUGCAGCAGUGCAUGGCCAACCACGGCUGGCUGGAGAGCCUCUUCAACUCCUUCAUGGAGCUGCUCAGCCUGAGCGCCAAGGCCUGAGGAGGACCGGCAGCAACGACGUGAACUGUGAACCCGGACCCAGCGGGCCGGUGACCUCUGAAGUUUUAGUUUCAUUGUUGAAUCCAUCUCAAAGUACCUCUUGAUUUCAAGAAUUGUAAUGAAAGAUGGAGGAAGUGAAAUCUGUGAAUGUGGUGAAAAGAUUGAAACACAGCAGAAAACUGACUCCAGCUGUUUAUAAGUAUGUAUUGAUAACUAUUGUUUAUAAUUUAUACAAGGACAUUUUUAAAAAGGACCAUCUGAAGAUGGCUUUGUUUCCUGUUAUUUUUGAAAAAUGUUUUAAAGGGUGUACAUGAAAUGGCCCAGCUGCAGUUCUGGCUGUGUUGGAUGUGGAAGCCGAUCAAAGUGAGUUUAAAAAGGACUAUGUGAUAGUCUCUUCUUACACUGAGGAGGGAAAGUAUUUAAAACAUGCGCUUUUUGUUAGUUCUUUAAAAGACAAUGACAGAGAGGCUUCAGCGCCUUCGACGAUGACGAAUGAAAAAACAAGGCGGCGCUUUCUGAAAGGAAGUGCCAGCAGUGUGAUCCAAAAGUAUACAUGUCAGUAUUUAAUGUUUGUCAUUUUUAUCUGUUUGUUGUUGAUUGAUAUUUGCUAUCAUUUGACCUCUCUGAGGAUAUUCUUGCAGAGCAAACUUGUUUUGAUGUGUAAAUAUUGUACAGUUCCUUCAUUCUCUAGUUCCCAGUUGCUCUUCUGUACAUGAAAUUCCUGUAUUUGACAUAAUGAAAUAAACCUGUUCAAAUGACAACGUGA